CUAACCUGCUCAACCUGUCUAUACCUGGGUGUCAGGAGUGGGUGGGUGGCUUCUGUAGCAGUAGAUUUCACUGUAGAGAGGAGUUAGACGCCAUGGAGGCAGACGGCACAGAGGACAUCGAGUCUCUGAUGGAAGACAUGGACUACAUCCCAGGCCACUUCCACCUGGACCUCAGCCUCAACUGUGAUCCUGUGGGGCCUGUGAAGCUGAGACUCAGAGACACUUACCUGAAACAGGAGAGCCUGAGAGGGGAACUAGAGGCUGAAGCUGGAUAUCUGCAGUACGCUGUCCGAAAUCUGCUGGGUCUGCUGGCUUUCCACCUGGAACACUUUGACACAGCUGAGGAAAUAUUCAGGAGUAUUUGUAAAGAAGACCCUGGUAACCUCAAUGCCUGGGCCAAUCUGGGCUACGUUUAUGACAAGCUUGGGAGAGAGCUGGAUGCGAGCGAGUGUGUGGAGAAAGUGUCCCACCUCAUGGACUUAGACGCUGGAGAGGCCUCUCAGGAGGAGACCAGGAUCCUGGCGGCUCGAUGCCUGGCGGAGCAGGCUUACGUUUAUCCCUACGAUGUGGAGCUGGACAGUGAAGAGGACCUGAGAGACAGACUGACAGCAGCAUUGACGCUUUACAACAGAGCCCUGCACUAUGGGGGUCAUCUGAUAUCAGUAGAGGAAAAAAGAAGCUGGUAUUUUAAAAUGGCCACUAUCUACAUAAGGCUUGACGACAUAGUAAAGACCAAGGCGGACUCUGAAUACUCCAGACUCUCUCACUACAAUAAGGGUCUGAAGCUUCUCAAAGAAACAUUAGAUUCAGACAAAUCGCAACACAAAGCUCUUGCCUGGUGUUAUGUUGGCAUCAUGUUGGAGAGGAAGGAAGAGUUCACCACUGUUCCCAUGUCCAUACAUGACUGUGGCUACUCUGCCUCUGAUCCUCUAUCCUGCUAUGGAACUGCCAUAAACUUGGCCAGUGAGGAUGCAUUCACCCUGAACCUUCUGGCAAAGGUCUUCUUGCUGCUGGGCAAACAUGAGAUGGCCACAGGGAUCUGCAACAUGGCCCUGAACGUGCUCCCAGACCCAGAGCUCAACUGGCAGGCCUACUGCACCCGUGCUAAGAUCAAUGUGAUGCUUUAUGUCAGGGACCUGGAGAAGGCAAAAUAUGCUCAAGGUGGAAUUCCAGACCGACAGAAACUAGUUGAGGCCAGAAAAGAUUUGGACAAGGUCCUGACUGUACGUCCGUGUCUGCGGACUCACCUGGAGAUGGCACAGGUGUACUACUACAUGGGUGUAGAUGCCCUUCAGGAGAGCCUUUUGGUAGAUGAGGGCGCAGUGAACAGUGCGUUGGUGAGUCUGUCCCAUGCCCUUCAGUUUGAGCUGGGGGACAGCCUGCCGGACCUGCACGUGCUCAGAGGACGCUGCCUCCUGCUGAAGGGCGAGGAGCAGAACGCUGCAGACUGCUUCAAACUGGCUGUGGAGCUGGAGAGGCCGGGCAGCACGGACACCACGGCCCUGCGCUGCCUCCUGCAGGCUCUCCUCACUCUGUUCAUGCUGGGAGGCCCUGACCCAACCCUCGCCAUCGCCCAACUGGAGCUGUGGGUGCAAAAGGCAGAGGAGAAGUACCCUAAGGACGUUGUAAAAUCCGAGCUCAGGUGCCUCUACAGGACUCACACAGAGGAGGUCACAGAGCUAUCCCGCUCUCUGAUCAGGACAGGCAGACUGGACCUAGUGAGGAGGCUGCUGGAAAUAGUGGUGCCUAAACAACUGGUGAAGAAGAGACUAGUGGCUCGGUCUUACUCCUAUACAUGAAGCUAAAUUGUGACAUACAAGCAUAUGAGCUGACAUGCAGUAAAAAAACCUUCUUUACAGCAUUUCACAGAUUAAAAUGAACCGUAUACAGCAACAGUAUAUAUAUUUUUUUUGUGAUUCUUCCAUUAUUAAGAUUUUUAGAAGAGCCUUUUGGCAAGGUUGGACCUACAAGCUUAAUACAGUUGGAGUGUUAAACUGAAAAGGACUUUGCUUUUUAGGGUUACUUCUAGGUGGAAACAUGUUUUUUUCAUAUUAAAUUAGAUGCCCCCUUUUGAGAGCAUUGAUGAAUUUAAGAAAUAAUAGUUUGGUGUAUUAAUAAAGAAAUGACUGUGGUCAGGAUGCCCUUUUAGCCCUUCCAUCUUGGCUAUGUAAAUGAUCAUUUGGACGUUUUAUUGCUGCUUAGUAAUACUUAAAUCAUGUCUAAAACAGUGUUAUAUUUCAAUGUGUUAUCACUGAUUACCAGAAGAGGGUAGUAUACAACACUACGAUGUAUCUGGCUAUUAAUAAAAGACUCAUUUUUAA